UUUUUUGUCAACCAAACAAAAAGUCGAAAUAAAAUUCAUGGGAAUUUUGAAUGCCCAUAAGAAAAUAAGUCAACCAAACAGCAACAAAGAUUACCUCAAAAAAAAUUGACCUACGAAUAUCUUAUUGACCCAUGAAUAUCUUAUUGACUUUAAUUUAAUUUGGUCACUAUUAGGGGCUGUUUGGUUGAACUUCUUGAUAGUUUUAUUUGUUUGGUUGGCUAUUUAAGUAUGAAAUCUCAUGGGGAUUCUAAGUCCACCUUAUUCCCUUGGAAUUUCAUACCCACCUCCCCUAAGGUUUCAUUAUCCAUACUAUUAAGUAUGAGUAUCCAUUCCAUGAUUAAACCAAAUAAUUAGAUUGGUAUGGGAUAUAGAAUCCAUACCACCCAGAAUCCAUACUAAUCCAUUCCAACUUAGUGAACCAAACAAACCCUUAGUACUGUAUUACAGCAGCUGACCUAUUUUAACAGCUCUGUUUUGACACUCUCAAUAUGGUAGAUUUUCCCCCCUCCUUUUUCUCAAUUCGGAGAGGUAAAAAACACCAAUAUCUACAGUAUGUAGUUCAUAGGAUUUUUCAUCAAGAAAAUUGCAAGGCUUUGUUCUUCUUCAACUGAAAUCUGUGAUCUUUUAGUAGGGGUUUGAAGUUGAUAUGGAUGUGCAUUUGAAGAACUUGGUUGGUAGAUUCCAUGAGCAAUUUGGAUCUGGGCCAGGACUUGGUCCUGCAUCUAGUACUUGCUUGAUGAAAGUGGAGGGUGUGACUGUUUCUUUCAUCAAGUCACUCUAUAGAGCUGGUGCAGCUCUAUAUAGGACUGAUCCAUGGAGGCGAUUACGGCCCGGGCAUUUCUUUGGUGUUAGGGUUGGCAAAAACUCUGAGUGGCCUGGCAGAGUGCAGCCAUUUCCCUGUGUCCAAUUUAUUGGGGGGGAUGGUGGGGAUCUAGCGUUUUAUCUAUAUCAAUCUGAGAAUGAUGCUCAGGAGGCAACGAAGCUAAGAGAAAUUGUACCUGCCCCGAAUACUGAGAUUAUGAGGGUGACCUUUGAGAAAGAGUCCUUGAUGUUUCCUUGUCACAAGAAAAUGAUCAAGUCUUUGGCUCUUGAAGGAACCAAGUACUUUCCUGUUUUCGAUGUUGUGUGUUGCAAUUCUGAUGGUGAGCUUAGAUAUAGGAAUCCAAUGUUUGAGGAGCUUAGAUUUGUGUAUGCUUCCAUGAGAGGUAUGACUUUGGUUCACCCUUUGCUACAAGAAGAUGUGCAAGCCACAACCAAAUGGUCUCAAUUUAUGCGUUUUGAGCCAUUUAUUGAGACAGUGGAUGUUCAAUGGCCUGCAGGGAUGGCCAAGGGCAAUGAUAUUGUAGCAGUGACAGUUUCACAUCCACCUGGUCAGGCUUAUGAGGAAAAAUCCUUUUCUUCAGCCAACUCAACCACCACCGAGUAUACAGAACCAACCAGUGAAGACCAUUUUCUGACAUAAAAAGCAUACUAGAAGAUACUUUGGCGAUGUGCAAUGUGUGAGAGAAUUUCGCACUGAUUAGUCUUUUUCUUGCAGUAGGUCUUUGUGCGAUAGUUUAUUGUUUCCCUAAUUACCAGAAGCUGCACAUUGGAAGGAGUCUCAUAAGGGCAUGUGUGGCCUGUACAAAGCCAUAAAAUAAAGACAAGAGGAGCUUCCAAUGAGAAUACUUUUAUCCCUACUUGCUUUUUCCUCGUGUCAUUGUUGCAUUGAACUGUAAAUUAGAGAGCAAUAUAAGUUGGGGUGGAGCUCUUGAGUUGAUCAAAUGAUUCAAAUCCAUGGGCGUAACUGCAUUUUUUAUCAACCAGUCUGAAUUUUUUUGUACAAUUGUUAAGCAUGUUCUUCGUUCAGCUGCCCCGCUUAUCACUCAUCCUGUCAUUCCUAUUCCUUUCCGUUCUCCAGAAGACUUUUAGCAAAUGUGCCAUCUUACAGUAAUUGCUUUGUCUGCUUGCGUUGACUACAAUGACUUAAUAUUGUGCGUAAUCGGAUUGUCAUUUUUAAUAUGAUGGAAAAUCCAUGAUAAAGAUAUAAGCUUUAAGGUACCUCUCAAUAAACUUGUAGUUCACAGUAUGAUUAGUGGAACAUGAUUGAAUUUGAAUACAUUGUUAUUGUAUCGUAUGCAUGACUACUGUACUACUCCAUUUGGUGGAAUGAAACAUUAGAUAUUCUAGUUA